AAAAGAAGAAGUGUGAGUCUGAGGCGCUCAGUCAACCUGCUGUGCAACCACCGUCGGGAGGCAACAGACAAAUCACUGACAGAGAGAGAAUCACAGCAGUUCACAUCAGGACAGUGAUGGACUUUGAUUUGUCUCAAGCUCUUCCGAGAUCCCAUGGUUUUGUGUAUUUCAGCCCACUUGAAUCGGACGAGAAAGAAUUUGAAUCUUGCUGCUUUGACAUGAAGGAUGUUCAAGAUCAGAUCAUCACACUUGAAGAGGGACUGUCCCUGAGGAUUUCAAAAAACCCACACUCCAUGAAGGCUGCAGCUAUCCUUGUGCUGGCUGCGAACAGGGUGAAGAACAUCCUGUCUCAAGAAGGCCAAAGUGACAGCCAGCGCUGCAGAAUGAUCCUGGACAGUGUGAUAGAGACCACAAUUGUCAAGAAGGUUGAGAACUACUCCACAGGAGAGAGGAAGCUGGUCUUCCAACGUCAUCAGAGUUUGGAGUGCAAUCUGACUGACAACGAAAAAAAAGAUAUCGUCUGCACAGCCACCGACUUCAAACUGAUGGCCCUCACUCUGAAUGCAGCAAACUGCAAUCACAAAGUGACAUUUAAAAUUGGGACAUAUAUCUCUUCUGGUGUUGGUCAGACUGUUGUUCUGUCAAUCAUCAAUCACAACUUGUACAUUUCCUGCAUAAUGAACGGUGACAAAGCUGAGCUGAAAGUGGAGAACUACAGUGGAGAGGAUUUAAAGGUCAUCUGCAGCGAUGGAGCCAAGGACCGUUUCCUCUUCUACCGCAGGGAGACAGGAUUAAAUGUUCAGACAUUUGAGUCUGUUAUGUGCCACGGCUGGUUCAUCAGCACCUCCUAUGAGCAGGAGGAGAAGCCUCUGGAGAUGUGUAAAGUGGACUCUGCCUACCGUAUCACCUCUUUCAGCAUCAACGAAAGUCGCUUAUGGCGUUAGAGCUGUGUGCAGUUUGAAUGUAACCGGAAUUAUGCUUAGGGCGCUUUUUAAAAAAAAACUUUCUAUCCCUGACCACUAGAUGGAGCAAUCACCCGGCUUUUGAUAAUGUUAUAUGAGGCAGCGGUAGCUAUUCAACAAGUAUUACCCACCAUUAUAGUUUUUAAUCACUGGCAAACUACUGUUUAAAAGUUUAUCUUCUUUUCUGGAGAAUGUUGUAACAGGAUAUUCCUCACAACUACUAAUAUACAUUGUUCUGAUUCAACGAUAAAUGUGGUUUUUAAUGUAUUCAUUCAACUUUUUUAAAUGCAGAGCUUGGUGAGGGUACUUCUUGAUGAAGAUUGUAAGUGUAACCAAGCCUGAAUGUUUCACAAUGCACCGUAUUUAAAUGUACUCAUUUGUAUCUGCAUUAAAUUGAGCACAUUCAUAAAUAUCA